AUGAAAAAUACAUCAUAUAAUGUUACGAUUCACCUUGAACCAGAGGACAACGGUGUGAUACAAUCAUCGACAUGUCAGUGUCCAAUGAGGGAAUUCAAAUGUCAUCAUGUGGCUGCUGCUUUACUGUUUGGAUACAAGAGAGCGAGCAAAACUGACAUUAAGUGUUCCUGGAUCAAGCGUUUGAAAUCCGCACCACCCAAGAAAACUGUGACGAUGGCGGAAAUGUAUCCACCAAAUCAGCCUGGAUACAGUUGGGUCCAUUAUUUUAAUGGUAUUUUGCUAAUAUUUGACCUGUUCUUUUUUAUGUUUGAAGCUCUGCAUUGGAUUAUGGCAGAGGAGCCACAGACACCGGAUGAACCAGUGCCUCUCCUGGAUGACUUGAUGAUCCAUCCUGAUUAUCUGGGAGCUAAGGACCCCCGCACAAGGCUGAGACGACAGUUGCUGGUGUCGCACGAAAAGGUCAACCAAACAGCUGCAGCAACUAUUGGACAGAGGGAAGAUGCCUUAUGGGCAGCUGUUCGCAAGUUGAGAUUUACCGCCUCUAACUUCGGACCUAUCUUGUCAGCGUUUGACAAAAAAAGUAAACUGACAGUGUCUUUGAAAAAAAGACUUCUGAGCGCGUAUUACCUGGAAAAAAGGGCACCUGUGCAGUGGGGAGUAACACAUGACCAGGUGUGCAUAGCUGAAUACUGUAAGGUCGGAGGAGUCGCUGUACGCCCGACAGGAAUUUGGCUGCACGAGUCUGGUGUCUUGGGUGCAUCACCAGAUGGUUUUGUCGAAGGAGUGUUUAGGGGUUUAGUUCAUCAACAACAUGGACAAGCAACAUGUAGUGCAAACAUCAUAGAAGUAAAGUGCCCCUACACCGCCAGAGACAUGACUAUCCAAGAGGCGUGUUCAUCUAUCAAGGAUUUCUACAAAGAUCAAUCCAAUGAUGGACGGCUAUCCCUCAAGCAAGCCCACAACUACUGGCAUCAGAUUCAAGGACAGCUACACAUAACGGGAACUAAUACAUGCGAUCUUGUUGUGUGGACAAAUAAAGACUUGCAAGUGAUCAGAAUAGCAAAGGAUCAUUUGUGGUCGGUCAAUCUGUCAAAAUGA